AUGUCAACACUAGAGGUAGUUAAGCCCUCAGAGAGUAAUUUUGAGGCAAGUGAAUGUUUUACUGUUCAACCUGUUCUCCCAACAAUAAUUGAGAAUGAUGGUGUAUCAGAAUCCCCCCAAGCACAGCCUCGCCCUAGUAGACCGAGUACUCCAAGCAACGACAGAAAAUCUAAACGCAAUCAUAGCUUAUCACCUUCUUCACACCCAAGUAUUAAUGGUCGAUCUCGAACACCUGAUCCUGGUAGAAAAUCGUUUCGGAAUAUACGAAACAAAGCUAGCAGCUCUACACUUAGUUCUCGUGCACCUUCGAGGAGUCGUUCAAAUACACCGGAUCCCGAUAGAUCUAAUCAAAUAAGACGAAAACCUAGUCAACCAUUGUCACCAAUUGAUGGUGAAUAUGAAAUGAAACCACUUAAAGAACCACUUACUAGUAGUAAUUUUAUUCAUAUAGGAAUUCCCGGUGAAAUAAAUCUUCCAACUGCUAGUGUACGUGAAACAACGAUUGGCGUAUUUCAUAUAUUUAACCCUACUGAUAGUAUAGUUACGUGGGGGUUUACUCAAGUCGAUAGACCUGUGUUUCGUCGUUUAGGGACCGCUACAAAUCAAGCUCAGAAAGUAGAUGAUGAAAUUUUUUAUAUUACAAAAUCGGGUGGUAUUUUAAGACCAAAAAAUGCUGAGAGAGUUGAUGUAAAAUUUCGACCUAUGGGUGUAGGAACAUAUAUGCAAACAUUCGUCUUAGAAGAUACAACUGAAGGUGGAAUUGGUGGUAUAGAUGCUGUUAGCAUGAAAUUUCAAGGGGUUGCGACAGAAAAUACCUUUAGUUCAUUAUUGCAAAAACAUAGAGCUCCAAAAAAGGAAGUAAAAUUUGAAGUUGAUGAGACAGAAAUUCGGAUUCCAGCUACAAGAGUUGGAAAACAGCGUUCAAUGGGAAUUAAAAUAUCUAAUACCGCUAAAGAAACUGUUAGACUUCAUUGCAAAUGCGAAACAACAACAGGCCCCGGAGGCAAGUUUGUUUUAUCACUUCCUAUGAAUAGUAUUGUAGUUAAACCUGAGGGUUUCUCCAUUGUACCCGUACGAUUUCAACCGAGAGCGGUUGGUGAAGUCAAGGGCGUUGUCACAAUAUAUGCAAAUAAUGCUGAGGUUAAAGUGGAUGUAGUAGCAAAAGGAAUUUUAGAUACGAGUCAAACAGCAUCAAAUAAUGCUGAAGUUAAGGUGGAUGUAGUAGCAAAAGGAAUCUUAGAUACGAGUCAAACAACAUAA